AUGGCGGCGACUGUGCAUUCUCCGAUCGUCACUUACGCAUCGAUGCUAUCGCUACUCGCUUUCUGUCCUCCUUUCGUCAUUCUCCUAUGGUAUACAAUGGUUCAUCAGGGUGGUUCUGUUACUCAGACGUGUGGGUUCUUGUGGGAGAAUGGAGUUCAAGGACUCAUCAACAUAUGGCCAAGACCCACUGCCAUCGCGUGGAAGAUAAUCUUUUGCUAUGGAGCAUUUGAGGCUGCUCUUCAGCUGCUUCUUCCUGGUAAAAGAGUUGAAGGACCCAUUUCUCCAACCGGGAACCGACCGGUUUACAAGGCCAAUGGUAUGGCUGCCUAUUUUGUGACACUAGCCACCUAUCUUGCUCUUUGGUGGUUUGGGAUAUUCAAUCCUGCAAUUGUCUACGAUCAUUUGGGUGAGAUCUUCUCGGCGCUGAUAUUCGGAAGCCUCGUGUUCUGUGUUUUGUUAUACGUAAAGGGUCAUGUUGCACCUUCAUCAAGUGAUUCUGGUUCAUGUGGUAACUUGAUUAUCGACUUCUAUUGGGGCAUGGAGUUGUACCCUCGAAUUGGUAAGAACUUUGACAUCAAGGUUUUUACGAAUUGCAGAUUCGGUAUGAUGUCUUGGGCUGUACUUGCCGUCACUUACUGCAUUAAACAGUAUGAAAUAAAUGGGAAAGUAUCUGACUCAAUGCUGGUCAACACCAUACUGAUGCUGGUGUAUGUCACCAAGUUUUUCUGGUGGGAAGCUGGUUACUGGAACACCAUGGACAUCGCACAUGACCGAGCUGGAUUCUAUAUUUGCUGGGGUUGUCUGGUGUGGGUGCCUUCUAUUUAUACCUCUCCAGGCAUGUACCUUGUGAACCACCCCGUCCAACUUGGAACUCAGUUGGCAGUAUACAUUUUGGUUGCGGGAUGUCUUUGCAUUUACAUAAACUAUGACUGCGAUAGACAAAGGCAAGAGUUCAGGAGGACAAACGGGAAGUGUUCUGUUUGGGGCAAAGCCCCUUCAAAGAUUGUGGCGACAUACACAACAACAGCUGGUGAAACGAAAACAAGUCUUCUCUUAACCUCUGGAUGGUGGGGAUUGGCUCGUCAUUUCCAUUAUGUUCCUGAGAUCUCAAGUGCUUUCUUCUGGACCGUACCGGCUCUCUUUGACAACUUCUUGCCAUACUUCUACGUCAUAUUCCUCACCAUUCUUCUCUUUGACCGAGCCAAGAGAGACGAUGACCGAUGCCGAUCUAAGUAUGGAAAGUACUGGAAGCUGUACUGCGAGAAAGUGCGAUACAGAAUCAUUCCUGGAAUCUACUGA